AUGCCAAAAAACUGUUUUCCAUUGUGCGCUGAGAAACGAGAUUUCAUGGAGGUAAGUCACAAGAAAAAAUGUUUUUUGAAAAUAAAAAAAAACGAAAAAAAAUCGGAUAUUAAUCCAGUUUUUUCAGAAAAAAAAAAGGCAGAAAAUAUGUUUUUUGGUAAACAAUUUUUGAAACGAAGAAAAAUGAUGAAUAAUAAAAUGAAAUCAAAAAUCAAUAGAAAUCAAGAGCAACCACGUAUUAAUCGAAUUAUUUUGUGGUCUUAUCAAAACGGAAAAUGUUUGACAUUCUUUUUUUUGAUAACAAAAUAUUAUUGAACUAAAAUUUUAUUAGCUCUUUUACAGCUUUCAACAAAAAGGAAAGAAUUUCUUAUGUUUUUCAAUUUGAAAAAGAGCAAAUUGUUUAUAAAAAAUUGCAGAUUUGAAAUGUUUUAUACAUUUUUGAUGAAAGAAAGAAAGAAAAGGGAAGUGAACUUUUAGACAAAAAAUGUUAUUUGAUUUUUCAAGUUUUGUUUUUAUGUAAAGUGCAUUUGGAGAGGGGUACUGUAGUUGAGUUUUUUGAGACUGAAAAGGAAAACAUAGAAAAUGUUUCGAGAAAAAUUUGAGAUUUAUUUUCAAAAAAUAUUGUUUGACAAUCUUGAAACACAUUUUUAAGAUCUAGAAGCUUUUGCUAUUUUUUAGUCGAAAUGUUAGUUUUGAUUUCGAAAUCUGAGAAAAAAAUGGAAGUUUUCCUGAAAAUUUUUUUUUCCGAAAUAUAUUUUUUGAGUGUUAGAUUUGAAUAAUAUUUUGAGUAUUGAAUUAUGAACCUUUUAAUCAAAAUUUUUAAGUUGAUUAUAUUAUUCAAACAAAAAUUCACAUCCAAACUUUGAUCCCAAAUAUCCCACAAAUAAAAUACCAACCUUUCUCCUUCUGAAAUUACAGCACAAUCCACCUCGAAAAGCCGAAGAUUUCUUCCGCGAUUAUGAUCCAACAAUUGGAAUAGGAACAGCUGCAAUCCUUGUCCUUUUUUUCAUGGUUGUAACUCUUAAAAGUUUCAUCCGAUGCGCGAUUCGAAAAUGGAAAAUGCACAAAUUCUACAAAAAACUCGAAAAAUCGCAGAGAAAAGAGAAAGAUGCUGAAAUCAGUGCGACAAAAUCAUCAGAAAUUGUAUAA